AUGGCGAUAACCAAAGAUCAAUUGGAGGAAAGUGUUCGCACCACGCGAGCCAACCUUAAAUACCUGCUAGACGGGCCAAAAAUCAAUCGGCGUUUCGUCUCGGCCGGGGUGGAGGUAAACACGGGCCGCUACGGCCCUUACGAAACAACAAUUCGCGACGGACGAGACAUCAAAGACCACUUCUCAUUCGAUCGCCACGGCUUCCAGCUGCUCGACGCGCCAACUGAAGUGGUCGACUUUCACGACAAGUCCGAGGUCGAGGCCAGGUAUCAGAACGAAGUCCGCGACCAUGUCCAGCGCGCAUUUGGUGCCGACUUCGUCGUACCCACGGGCUGGAUGAUCCGCACCUCGGGCGACAUACCCAAGCCGAAAGAGUCAGGGGGCCCAUAUCGGCAUUACGGAGGCGUUCAGCCCCCAGCAGGCGAGGUGCACGUCGACACGGAGCCCAGCCGCCAGCUCGCGGCUGCGCAGCGCGUCUACGAGAAGGAGCGGCCCGACGGCCCUGGCUUCAAGCGCUUCAUCAUCUCGAGCUUCUGGCGGACGUUCUCGCCGCCGCCGCAGGUGUGCCCGCUGGCGGUGUGUGAUUCACAGAGCGUCGGAGACGAUGAGGGAGUACCGAACACUCUUUGGGUUGUUGACAAGAUACCGGAAGGCGACGAGAUGUUCGCGGACAUGGACGAUGAGAAGCAGCUGGCGGCUGCGAUCUUCCGACACAGCCCUGAUCAUCGGUGGUGGUAUUUCUCAGGGAUGAACCGCGACGAGGCGCUGCUGCUCAAGUUCCAUGACAGUGACCGCAGCGUCGGCUGGCGUACGCCGCACACGGCUUUCUGGGAUGACAGCUUUCCUGAUGCUAAUAUGCGAGAGAGUAUAGAGUGUAGGAGCAUUGCAUUCUUCGAGUAG